UGGAAUUCUCGGUGCGUAGUUACUAACCAGUUUGCAUAUCCGUCGUCCCGUUGCACAUAUUAGGAACCGGUCCUUCGCGCCGCAGCGUCCCGGAUGGGCGCACCCUGGGCCAACACCUCACCGAAGAACGGCAACUCCGCUCAAACACACCCGUACGCGCUCAUGAUCGGUGCAUAGAACCAUCACCGGCGAUAACUGCGAUCUGUCUUAUCACCAACACCGAAAAAAAACCCCAAUCGGCCAUUAGAUUAAGAGGUGCGUUCUUUUGUUGAACGCGUCAGAUUGUGUUGACACCGCGAUACCGGGUGGUGCGUGUUACGUAACAGUGAUCGGUGUCGAUCGAGCGAACGCAGGAUGGACUCGAUCGCGGUUGCCCUGCAGCCGUACAAGGACACGGUCGGUCUAACGGCGGCCACCGUAACGGUGGUGCAGUUCUUCAGCGGGGUGUUGGCCAUCAACGAGAUCCGGCGGCGAGGCAAUACGGUCGGUUUCUCGGUGCUACCGUUCCUGGGAUGCACCGUGUUUUGCCUGCUGAACGUGCAGUUCGGGCAGAUGCUGCGGGACGACGGUAUGAUCCGGGUGAACUUCAUCGGACUGGCGCUUAACCUGCUGUACGUGUGUGCGUUCUAUCUGUACACGCCCGGGCCACAGAAGACGGCCGUUUGGGGCCAGAUUGGGUUGGCAGGUGCGCUCACGGUCGGUGUGCUGUCGUACGUGCAGUACGAGGAUCCAAAGCUGGUCGAGUUCCGGUUCGGUGUCAUCCUAACUGCGCUGCUGUGGACGCUCGUUGGAAUGCCGCUUCUUGGACUGGGUGACAUCCUGAAGAAGAAAAGCACCGAAGGUCUCCCGUUCCCGAUCAUCUUUCUCGGUGCGGUGGUGUCGUUCUGCUGGCUCCUGUAUGGCAUCAUCCUGCGCAGCAACUUCCUUGUGGUACAAAACCUGAUGGCAUUGGCUCUGAGUGCCGUGCAGCUAUCGCUGUUCAUCAUCUUCCCUUCGGAGGCGGUGAAACCUCCGCCCAGUCCGGCCAAAAAGCGCGACUAGACGAUGGCACCCAGCCGAGUGCAGCGGAAUGCGGACAAUAAUGCAGUAGACUUUAGAGAAAGACAAUAAUUCCACGCCUCAUCGCGGGCACAACCGGUUAGGGUUUUUUUUAAAGAUUCCCAGUUACGGCUUCUCCUAAUGACAAUAAUGCAUCACGACGCUACAAGUCUUUAGCAGGACACAACCGCAGGUGAUCAGAACGAAGGUGAAACGUUAGGACAAUAAACUCGUACAUGAUAUACGCUUCUCUGUAGGUUAUACACGAAGGGCGCUGUAGGCGUUGUUAGGAUGCUAGGUUGAUAGAAACGCUAGGGAUCAGUGAAACAGUAAAUCUCUUUUCAAACGAUAUUUUUCGAUCGACACCGUUCGCGCAGCUAUUCCACGUUUGAAUGCUGUUAUCGCAGGCAUAAAAAGACGCCAGUGUUAUGUAAAAUAGGCUACGUUUCUUCUCCAUAACUUGUUCCAUACGAAAGUGAUAAAUAUAUAAACUUUA